AACCGAGUCCACCUCGGCGUGAGCGCCCCGGAGACCCUAGGGCUCUGCGCAUAUAAAAGUCGGGCCCCGUGCUCACGUAUCUCCCGAAACCGAUUCGUCGCGCCGCAUCCGAUCCCGCCGCCCCGCGCCGAAACCCUAGCCGCCGCCGCCCUCCAUUGACGCGCCAAGUAGAGCUCGAAGCCUCGCCUUCCAGAGCCGCCUUGUCCGUCGCCAAGCAUCCCAGAAGCAAUCCUGGAGCCGCCGCAUCCCGUUUGGGCCGAAACCGACGCGUCCCCGGCUCCGGAACCAACUCCUCGCUCUACUCCGAUGACCUCCACCCCUCUCCUCCGACGAACGGCAUCUCCCGGACCUCCCCGACGUGUUUACGUCCCAGGGCCGUUACCAAUCUUCUGCUCCCGCUCGCUCGCAGCCAUGGCGAGCAGCAUGGCGCUGCUACUGCUGCUCCUCCUGCCGGCGGUGGCGUCCACGACCGCCGAGCUGGACGAGAGGGAGCUAGCGUCCACCAUCGCCGAGCUGCUCAAGGCGGCGCUCAUGUCCACCGCCGCCGAGCUCGACGAUGUCGAGCCAGGCGACAGCGACGGCUACAGGACGUAUAUCGUCAUGCUCGAGCCACCAGAAGAAGGCCAAGAUGCCGAUGCUGAUGCUGCCAGAGCGUGGCACCGUUCGUUCCUGCCGUCGGCGACGACGGCACAAGGCAAGCCGAGGCUGCUCUACUCCUACCGCACCAUCUUUACCGGCUUCGCCGCGCGGCUGACAGAGAAGGAGCUCAAGGAGGUCUCUGCCAAGCCAGGCUUCGUACGCUCCUUCGACAACAACAUCUACCGCGCGCAGACGACGCACACGACUGCGUUCCUCGCGUCGCUCGUGGACCUGUCGAACCAUAUUGGGGGAGUCCCCCGAUAACUAGCCUGGUGUCGGCGGAUACUUGCCUCUGGACAUGGACAACGGGCACGUCUAAUACAAUCGAUGAUAAAUGAAUACUACGAAUUUGCUAUUUCACAUGUAGAUGUGAAAUAACUAUCUCA